AGGUAACGCGUGCGCGUCCGCGCGCGAGGCCCGUUAUUUUCCGGGUUGCGCGCGAGCUGGCUAGCGGUAGUUGCUCGCAGCAGCAGCAGUCUGACACAGUUUGUAGGCAGUCAGCGGCUCAAAGUGGAAGCUGUGUGUGUCUGUUAUGAGAGGCUGCUAACUAACGGCGCAGCAGCAGCAUCGUCAUGGCAGAGCAAGGAGACUGUCCGGCUUCUGUCCACCAGCCGCAGCCGCUGCUGACAGCCAGCUGGCCAAUUAGCAGGGAGUCGUACGAGCUACAGGAAGUCAUAGGCAGCGGGGCCACAGCUGUGGUGCAGGCAGCCCUUUGUACCCCCAGACAGGAGCGCGUGGCCAUAAAGAGAAUCAACCUGGAAAAAUGCCAGACCAGCAUGGAUGAGCUAUUGAAAGAAAUUCAAGCAAUGAGCCAGUGCAACCAUCCAAAUGUUGUCACCUACUACACUUCCUUUGUGGUGAAGGAUGAACUUUGGUUAGUCAUGAAGCUUCUCAGUGGUGGCUCUAUGUUGGAUAUAAUUAAACAUGCUAGCAAUGAAAAUGACAAAAAUCGAGCGUUAGAAGAGCCCAUUAUUGCUAGCAUAUUAAAAGAAGUCUUAGAGGGCCUGGAAUACCUGCACAGAAAUGGACAGAUUCACCGGGAUGUGAAAGCUGGAAACAUCCUAUUGGGAGAAGAUGGCUCUGUCCAGAUAGGAGACUUUGGAGUAAGCUCUUUUCUAGCCACAGGGGGUGAUAUGACGAGACACAAAGUACGGAAGACGUUUGUUGGCACGCCAUGCUGGAUGGCACCAGAGGUGAUGGAACAGGUACGAGGCUAUGAUUUCAAAGCUGACAUUUGGAGCUUUGGAAUUACAGCUAUAGAACUAGCAACAGGAUCUGCACCCUAUCACCGCUACCCUCCUAUGAAGGUCCUAAUGCUUACUCUACAGAACGAUCCACCCACUUUAGAAACGGGUGUGGAGGACAAGGAAGUCAUAAAGAAAUAUGGCAAAUCAUUUAGAAAACUAAUAUCUAUGUGCCUUCAGAAGGAUCCUGCCAAAAGGCCUACAGCUGUAGAGCUUUUGAAAUGUAAAUUCUUCCAAAAGGCCAAGAACAAAGAAUAUCUUGUUGAAAGUCUUUUGUGUCGUGCACCAAAGAUUUCUCAGAGAGCCAAGAAGGACCCUAAGCAGAAUUGGGGGAACCUUGGUUCUUUGUCAGGUUUGGAAAAUGAAACUGACACCUCCAGAAGGGUGAGAAGAGUCCCAGGUUCCAGUGGUCACCUGCAUAAGACUGAAGAUGGAGACUGGGAGUGGAGUGAUGAUGAGUUGGAUGAGGGCAGUGAAGAGGGAAAAGCAGCGGUGAAUCAGAAUCGGUCACGAAGGGUUAAAGACCAGAGCAGUGAAAAUGAGGAGAACGCCAACAAUGUUCCUAUUGAAGAAUUAUCUAUUCAGCAUCCCCAGGUUGAACCUUAUGAGCAGACACCCUACAUUCAUGGUACUGUGAACAUGGUACUACGGCUAAGGAACUCUAGAAAGGAGCUAAAUGACAUCCGGUUUGAAUUUACCCCCGGGCGAGACACUGCUGAUGGCGUCUCCCAGGAAUUGUUCUCAGCCGGUCUGGUCAACGGGCACGAUGUUCUUAUUGUUGCUGCUAACCUUCAGAAGAUUGUUGACCACCCAAUGACCUACAAAGUAUUGACCUUUAAACUGGCUUCCGGCUGCGAUGACACUGACAUUCCCGACGAGGUGAAGCUGAUCGGAUUUGCACAGCUGAGCGUUAGCUGAUGUCUUUGUGGCUAAACAGGUCUCGCGGAUGGCUUGCCGCGCAUCAAACUCCUUGUGUGUGGUGCUGAUGAGGAUGACUAAGAAUGGAGUGACGCUUUCACACUUCUUGGGCUCAUUGAUGACGAAGUUAAAGGCAUGCGGGUUGAGCGGCCUGGUGCGGAUGUUUGUGAACGUGAUGUUUUUGGGGGGUUUCACAGUUCUCCG